AUGGAUCCGGUCCGGGUUGCUGUUGUGGGGGCAGGUGUGAUGGGACUCUCCACCGCUCUGUGCAUUUCCAAACUGGUCCCACGAUGCUCCAUCACCGUCAUUUCAGACAAGUUCACUCCUGAGACCACGAGCGACGUGGCAGCUGGAAUCCUCAUACCCCACGCUUAUCCAGACACACCUGCUCACAAGCAGAAGCAGUGGUUUAGAGAGACCUUUGAUCACCUAUUUGCAAUCGCCAAUUCUGCAGAAGCUGGAGAGGCUGCCGUUCACCUGGUGUCUGGUUGGCAGGUAUUUCAGAGCAUGCCUACUGAAGAAGCGCCAUUCUGGGCCGACGUGGUUCUGGGAUUUCGAAAGAUGACGGAGGCUGAGCUAAAGAAGUUCCCCCAACAUGUGUUCGGUCAGGCGUUCACAACGCUGAAGUGUGAGGGCUCUGCCUACCUCCCGUGGUUGGAGAAGAGGGUAAAAGAAAGUGGGGGCGUGUUACUCACCCGGCGAAUAGAAGACCUGUGGGAGCUUCACCUGUCCUUCGACAUUGUGGUCAACUGUUCAGGCCUUGGAAGCAGACAGCUUGUGGGAGACUUGAAUAUUUUCCCAGUGAGGGGCCAACUACUCAAAGUUCAGGCUCCUUGGGUAAAACAUUUUAUCCGAGAUGGGAGUGGGCUGACAUAUAUUUACCCUGGUGCAUCCAACGUAAUCCUGGGUGGAAGUAGGCAAAAGGGAGACUGGAAUCUGACCCCAGAUGCAGAAAUUAGCAAAGAUAUUCUUUCCCGAUGCUGUGCUCUGGAGCCCUCCCUCCAUGGAGCCCGGGACAUAAAGGAGACAGUGGGCUUGAGGCCCUACAGGGCAGGCGUUCGGCUGCAGAAAGAGCUCCUAGCCCGGGAUGACCAGAGGCUGCCUGUGGUCCACCACUAUGGCCACGGGAGCGGGGGCUUCUCUAUGCACUGGGGUACUGCUCUGGAGGCCACCAGACUGGUGAGUGAGUGUGUUCAAGCCCUCAGGACCACUGCUCCCAAGUCACAGAUGUAA